AGUUGAUUCUAGCAUUAAUUACUAUAAACAAAAUCAACUCUCGUUUUGAAAUGUUAAAAAAAUUUGCACAGUUCACUUCACAAAACGUGCACUAAAUGUACCUUAGUAAAUACGGUACUUUGUAGUAACAGACAUGUUUUUGUCUAAUUGGAAGGGUUUUCAGUAUGGCUGAUUUCUAGGGCCUGCAAUGAUACUUACACAAUUAGGCUCCAAGUUAUGUAAAUAUAGAUGAAGGAUAGUUUUUUAGUUUUAUCAUGUAUCAGUGUUGAAUUUGUUUAAAUAAUUAACUCUAACCAAGUGGUUUAAUUUAUUCGACAUAUUCAUACCCAACAUACUUGAGUAUAAAUACUGAAUUGUGAAUUUUUCAAGUUAAUUACUUUUGUGCAAAGUGUAUUUUUUUAAUAGUUCAAAUACAAAGUGUUUGUAUUUUGAAAAGAGAAACACUAUUUUGCUCUGAAAAUCAGACCGGAAGUUUGACAUUGUUUACAAAUAGAAGAUAACACCGGUUGGUACUUCAAAUUAGCGCGUGGGUUUAAAUGUUAUUCCUCGUUAUUUGUUUGGACUUCUUUUCUGAGAAAGACUGCCACUGACGUGUUUUCUGCACCAACAACAUAAGGCCAAGUUAUCAAAAAUGAUAUUCCGGUUAGUUUUGCUAGUUAGCAGCACAACUCCGUUAGAGACAGUUAGCUAACAGUAAGCUAGCUCACCAGAUGUUGUGCAGCAUGGCAGUUUGAUUCAUUUCAACAGGUGUUAGCUACAGGGAGGGAAAGUCCGCCUCUAGACGCUUCUGAUCGCUAACUGUCCUGAAGAGAGUUGAGGGCGAAUGUUUUCUUUUUUGCGGUUAGGUUAGCUAUAGUUAGCUGUAAUGUUUGUUCAGCAAGCCAGCUGUUAGCCUUAGUUGGUACGUUAGCUAAAGUUUGUCACAAGUGUCAUGCUCCUAGGCCGCGUCCUCUUGAGCCUCCGGUCGACGUGUUCAGAAAGUGUUUGUUUACGGAGGAUUUUUUCUGUCGAUGAAGUAUCAGUUCGGAGGCUGCAUCACAGUUACACCGGUCACUGUCAAAAAGUGAGCGAGCUUCGGGCAUCUACACACCGUUUCGGACAUAAGGCCCUCGCGCAGAGCUGUUUGCAUCAGCCAACACUGUGUGAUAUGCAGCCCGUCAGUAUCUCCUGUGGCAAAGAGACCUCUGCGAUUACCUCAGACGAUGAUGAUGAUGAUGAGGGUGGUGGUGGUGGUGGUGAAGGUGUGGUUGGACAGGAGAGUGGGAUAGAAGAUGAGGAAUUGAAGAGGAUGACGAUGACUCCAGGCCAGGUGGAUGCAGUCAGCAUGGAAGUCCGCCAAGGGGCGGCUGACACUGGAGCCUCCGCUGUGUCUACUCCCACAAGAUCAAAUGAGAAGAAGACAAAGAGGAAGAUGAGGAGGGAGAGGAAGAAGUUGAUGAAGAAAAAGCUCGAGUCAGCGGAUACUCUGGACAAUUUAAUGUCAGAGCUCCCAUUUGCUCUGACCAGCCCCACCACUUGGAAGGAACUAGGAUUCCCCAACCCAGUGUCGAGCAAGAAAAAAAGAAAGAGGAAGAGAGAAGACAUUGGAGGGCGACUGGACAGUGAGGAAGAUGGAGACAAGAAGAAAAAAAAGAAAGAGAGCCAACGACCCAACUACUUUGUCAGCAUCCCCAUUACUAACACACAGAUAAGCUCAGCUGUGACUGAGGUCCAAGAGGCCGUGCUUCAGCAGGAGCCCCAGUUGGCCAAAGCAAUGAUCCCCAUCCCAACUCUCCACAUCACUCUGUUAGUCACCCAUCUCGCCAGUCAGGAGCAAAUAGACCUAGCAACAAACGUGCUGGCCCAGGUCGAGCCAUCAUUGGCUGAGCUGCUGGGUGGGCGGGAUCUGGUGCUGCCCUUCUCAGGCAUCAGUCAUUUCAGGAAGGAGGUGGUGUUUGUCGGGCUGGCCCCUGGACAACACAGACACACACUGGAUAGCCUGGCAGAGUUGUUGCAAAGCCGUUUUGAGGAGCAGGGUCUUCUGCAAGGAGACAGUCGUGGGUUUGAACCCCACCUCACCAUUAUGAAGCUGUCCAGAACCUCAAAACUACGAUCUCAGGGUAUAAAGCGCGUGGACCCAGCCCUUUACUCCAACUAUACUGACAAGUUUUUUGGAGACCAGAUGGUUGAGCGGGUGGACCUUUGUUCCAUGUUGAAGAGGAAGCAGCAAGAUGGAUAUUACCACACCGAGACUUCACUACAACUUGAUUUGGUUCAGACUCCACUCCAUGCCAAACGCUCAAGUGGGCAUCGCCGGUCUGAGCCCGACGAGGCAGAGCUACUGAGGGUCAGCAAGAGAUUAGUUGAGGACGCUGUCAGUCGCGCUCUGCAACAAUAUAAACAGGAAACACUUCAAAAUGGGGGUGGGCCUAACGCCACGGCCAUGCAGCUCCCUGGAAAAACUGAGGAAACUGCCACAAAGACAGACACUACCGCUAACUCCACCACAGACAACAGGAAGUGACAUCACCGGACUAAGGCACCGAGACUGAAAAAACCAGCCGCCCAUAACACAUCAGCGUUUCCUGGCUAAGCAGGAGAAGAGUCAGUAAGCUCUGGGCAGAAAGCCUGAACUAGUCAACCCGUCAGCCCAGUUUGCUGUCUAACGAAACCAGCUAGCCAGCCACAACGGCUAGACAGUCAUGCUAGCUGUCUGCCCACCUGACCUAGCUUGACACAGUGCUAGUUAAAUACAUAAAGUAGCUUAAGACCAGUGCUACUAGGUGACUGUACCAACAGGCCAGCUAGCUAAGCCUGUUGGUUAACUCACAAACUCUGGUGUCUUACAUCCAACAGCGAGGGUACCGCCCCUCGAUUCUCACUCAGCUGUGGGUGUGGCCGUGUGUGUUUGCACGUCAAACCAAGAAAAACAUAUGCGAAGCACUCUCCUAGAGAGACGCAUACACAUGUAGGGUUCACUGUGACCUGUCACUGACAAAUUGCCCUUUUAGAAUACGAUAAAUCAUGUUUUGUAGACAGCUUGGUUUACCAUGACCUGCACUUAAAAAAAAAAAGACUAAAUAUCCUCUAUUCCCCUCUGACUUAAACCCUCCUUUCUCCUUCACUAGAUUACUGCAGGUGAAGAAAAUCUUUUCCUUUUCCUUGAGCAUAUGUUUCUUUUAGAAAAUCAGUGGUCUUCAUAGACAGAGGAUUAUUCAUCUGUUCAUUCUGAAGGGGAUAUGUGAAAAUCUGGUUUGACUGACGGUGUUGUGAUUGGUUGGAUUCUUCAAAAUUAAGUGUGAAAUACAGUAUGUUGGACUUGGGUCUGUGCAUGUGUUUUUUUUUUUUAGUUGUUUUUUUUUUUACAGCGGGCCUGGGUGCAGCGCACUUUCAAUUCAUCCAGUUCAGGAAAUGGAUUUUCUUUCAACUUCCAGCAUUUCAUUUUAUGUUUCACAUAACAUGUCCGUAUGCAUACCAAACUGCAGCGUUGUCUUUAUUCUAAGUUGUUUAUAGAAAGUGGCCCCAGCUGUGUUUCAAGUAUUAUAUAGUACUGUUGUCCUGCCAAGGGUGCACUGAGACAAUCACUAUGUUAAAGUAAAUUCAGCUCUAAAUGCUGAAUUUAUUUUUCAAAACAGAAACCAAGCGAUACCAGCUUUUUAAAACCUAAUCUGGACGCCCCUGUUGGGUCCAUAAAAACUCAUUACACACAUCGCAUUAAUUUAUCUCCACUAAUAACGCUAAUUUUACAAAAGAUGUCAGGUGAAUCGGAGGCACUAAAUUGGGGUUGCUAAAAAACAAUAAGCCACUCUAACAACAUACUACAAUCUGCCAAGAGUGCAUUUUUACUACAAUACUACAAAAACCUCCAUUAAUGACCUGGUUGCUUGUCUAGGUGAAAACAAUUAACUUUUUAUGUGACAGGCUGUUAUUACUAUUAGACACAGGCAUUAAUUUCAUUUCUCAUCUUCCUCUCUGAUCAUUUAUAAAUGAAAUUAUUUUUGUUUGCAUAUUGUAUUGUCAGUUUUUUCCUGUGAAAUGGAAUCUGAAGCAAGAACAUGCAGAUGAUUUAUGAUCUAUUUGUCUUUUGAAGCCAUUCAUAAAUUGUUCGGGUUAAAGUCGAUAACACAGACUGAAGCUUGGCUGUUUGUGGCUCGGUGUUUAGUGUGCGUAUUUGUGCUCCUCUGAGGAGCUUUUAUCCCGUCGCACUGUACAUGUAAGAGCAGUUACAGCCAAGCACUUAUUCAGAUGGUGAUGCUGAUGUCAGGGGAGUUUAAUUCCGACAAUCGCUGUUGUCAGCUGAAAACCCUCCAGCUCUUAUUUUCAGUGUCUUCCAUCCACUUUUUUUUCUUUCUUUUUUUUUCUUUUUGUUAAACGCGAAAAUGAAAAUGGCCUCUGGUGCACAGCGUUUGACCCCACAGCUGAUGCAAUCCAUUCAGAAACACAUGGGGCGCCUGUGUGAAAUUACGGGAGAUUGUCUAAAUUUUUUAAAAGCUUCCUGAGGGCUGAGGUUUUUGACUGACACCAACAUGAUGAUGAUACAGCCAUGAUAAAGGGGAUUGGUGUACUCUGACAUUAAAUAUGUUAUUUUAUCCUUUCUAACUAUUUUAUUUAUUUGUUUCGCUGUUGCAGCAGAAAAGCCGGCUUCCAUGUUAGCAGAAUGAAUUUUAUGUGAAAAACAAAAAGAUAUUUUAUUUUGAACUGAGAAAAUGAGCACUCAGUUUGCGUUUGAAGAUGAAAAAGCACAACAUUUUGAUUUUCUCUGUAAUUGUCUUUUUUUCAGAGAGCAGGUAAAUAUAUACAUGCUGUUAAAUCAACCUCUGUUCAAAGUGGCCUUCUGUCACUAAAACAAAUUGAUGUGAUUUUUGUUUUAACUGUAAGUGCUUAAGGUGACAAUACAUAGGUAACAUUUUUAGCCAGUGUGAAUGAUUGGGCGAUGAUGGCUCAUUUUUCUGUGACAUUUGCCAAAGUCUCUUAAAUGUUAACCUAUCACUAAAGAGUCGGAUUCUUGAGUUAAAUGUUUAAAAAAAAAAAAAAAAAAAAAGUACACCAAAAGACAGAAAUCAUGUUCUUUCUGUCAUAAGGUGAAUCAGUGUCUGUGUACAUGGACACAGAGAAAGAGAGACUCAGUUCGCCAGCUCCGAUUUUCAGCCACAUGAGGUUCAACUCCCUGUAGUGCGAACAGGUGUGAGCUGGACAAUGUGCUCUCAUCCCUCUGACAUCCACUGUCACCGUGGGCUCAACAAUAACAUCAAUAACGAAGGUGACUUCUGUCUUAAGGUGGACUUUGAACGUUUUAGUUUUGAUCUUCUACUGUCACCGGAUCCUUAAUCUCUUUAAAAUCCCCUUUAAUACACAAGCUGUCCUGUUGGCCUGUAUGGUUAUUCUGUCUCUGAGCAUGUGUGUAAGCAUGUGUGUGUUAGUGCGACUGUGUGACUGCGGGAUGUUUGAUCCGUGGUUCCCCGGAGAAGUUCUUGUCACUAUCAAUCAUGACAACUUUCAGCUGUCUGUGUCUGAAUGUCUCUACAAAUUUGCCUUUUUCUGUUUCUCUUUCCAUUUGUCCCCGUGUACGUCUGACUGUGAGGGUCUGUUGUUUGUACUGUGUUGUAUAUUGUCCUGCCACAUUUGAACAAUAAAACAGGAUAUGAGAUUCAAAACCAA